AUUCCUCCAUCAACAGAUGCUAAACCCUUAUCCUAUUCUUCACGAAGACCAUCAUCCACGAAUCUACAGCCUUGCGAACAUUCCGAGUAGCAUCCUAACCAAGAUGGAGGGUCCUAGGAAUCGAAAACAGCGACGAGCAGCAGCAACAACAGCAACAACCGCAGCUUCCACCCCUGACUCCUCGUUCGAUCCAUCUUCGAUCCCUUUAGUCCAUCCUCAAAAGCCUUCCCCCGACAACGUACCGAGAGGAAAGACGUUGGUGGAACUCAUUGCUGAACGACAAAAUGAGGUCUUGGGCAAGGAACAGAGGGAUACUGCAAAGUCAGGUCCAGAAACGCAAUUCAUGUCCGUGGAUCCGUUAUCUGGCAAGAUUUCCCAGUUCGACCCUUCAAUGCUUUCUAAGGAACAAAGCGAUGAGGGCGACCGGGCAGGACCAGCGACCGAGGACUCGCAGAUCGAGCCGGACACAGCUGACGACGGUGAUGAUGCACCGAUUCCCCCAUUAAUCGACACGCUCCUACUCUCCGUACCACUGACGACAUUACACCUUACGCUGGCCUACCUGGCGGCUCACCAAUACGCGGAAACGAUCGAGUUGGAAAAGCUCCUGCGCGAGUCUGCAUUUAUUGCAUUCCCCAUUCUGACGUUGCUCGUCCAUCUUGCUCAUGGACACAUCGUAUCCAUGCAUAGGGGGAAUACGAAGCAGGAGAAAGUCUCGCUCUUCCCUUGGUCUCAAGACAAGCUCACGCUUUCAUUCGUUCGGAAGUUGCUUUUUCCUCCGAGUCUGCGGACAAUGGCAUUUUUACCUGUUGCCGUCCUCCUGGGAACCAAGCUGAUGACUAUGACCAACGAGGACCCAUACUAUGCUGUUAUGAAGCGAGCCCCUGCCAUCGGAACUUUAUGGGUUUGGAGCAUUCUGGAAAUUCCAGUGGGCGCAGCUGCUUUAGGCGCACUGGGGCCGUUGAUCUGGGGUAUCUGGUGGAAAGGAUACGGUAUCUUUUAAGCCACAACGGCCGGGGCAAUGUCGCACCAUCGUUCCCCACGCAUUCUACCGCCGCGGCUGGAAGAGAACUGAAGUUCUAGCCCGGUAAUUUUACCCUUGAAGAAGCCUGUUGCAAAUUCGCUGUCAAUUACUCCUUUGGAGUUGCUCAUGGCUGGCUUCGAUUGCCAGGAUCUUCUGGGAUGAUCCCGGCACGGGCGCAUCUCCCAUGUCAGGGCGUCAGCAGUCAUGUCGACUCAGACCACAACGGCGAUGUGGUACUUUGCAUAAGCGAGCUCGUUUCUGCUGGUGCCGCGAAACAAUCCAAUUGUUUGAAAACACGGCAUACACCCCGCCGAGCUCUAGUU